AUGGGUUAUCAUGAACCCCUAUUCAACACGGAAAAUAAUGGUUAUCCUAUAUAUACCAGAACAGUUCAAUUAUAUUAUACUCAAACAGAUUAUAAAUCUUAUACAUUCGCUCUUGAAGCUGCAGAUCUUUUUAUCACGGAGCCACUAAAUGAUAAACUAAGAUACAGCGAAACAAUAAAAAUUUUAGGAACACUAAAAAGAAACGAUAAAAAAUCAACUGCUUAUCAAUUAAACAUAGAUGAAAAGAAUUACAAUUACCGCAAUGGUACUUAUCCAUUGGUAAUACCAGCAGAUGGUAGAAAACUUACAUUCCAAAAGUAUUCUUUUGUUGUAUUUCAUAAUGCAAAAUCAUUUACUGGACAACUUGAUGGAGUUGAAGUUCUCGGUGACACAGGCAAUUAUGUAUUCAAUUUCACAGAUAAAUUGGCUGCCUUUACGAUCAAAACAAAGGACAAUAAAUAUUCAAUUGCUAACAUAACAAUUUUUAGCUACGAUCAAUUUCCCAUUACUUAUGAAUCAAACAAUAUAGUUGUUGUGACUCAAUACACUCCAUAUAUCCAAGUCAGUAAAGUAUCGCGGUCAGAUUCAAAUUUAUUAAUAAUAGAUGAUCAAUUGAUCAAUUUCUUUGUAUUCUCAACCUAUCCAAUCAGAGUUGCUGGAUAUCACGACUAUAAUGAUCAGGGCUGUUAUAAAUUUAGCGCUGUGGAAAUUAGAGCCUAUCCAAACAUAUCAGAUUGGAACUCGACGAUAGCAAAUGUUGUUUAUGAUAGUAAUAUACCAGGAUUUGAUAGAGAGGGCUUGCUUUUCACUCGAGAAUAUCCUCCAAAAUACGGUAAAACAUAUAACCUUAAUGAUAAUUCUGAUAUUAAUGAUAUAUAUGGAGUGUUCAGAGGAUCUUAUUCAUAUAUGGACCUGCAUAAUGCAGUCAACAUCCCAAAUAACACUCAAAGCGUUUACAUUUACGGCACAAGAUACAAUGCAACUUCAAAGUCUGGAUCAUCUCCUGCAUCUAAAGUAGGUAUCAUCAUUGGUAUAUGCAUCCCAGUAAUUGUGAUUUUGAUUGUUAUUAUAGUUAUAGUUAUUUGUUGUAAGGGCAGACAUAAAUCACAGCGUCAGUCUUCGUCGUCACUUCCUAGCGAGAGUUCAAAAUCCAACAACAACAAUAAUAAUGUUGUUUAUAUUAUAGUAAAUGAAAAUCCAGAGCAACAACAACAAGAAGAACCUAAACCACAAGCACCCAAACAACAAGAAUCCAAACCACAGAAAUCACACAGUCAACGUAGGAAUAGCAGACAACAACAGGAACAAAGACAACAAAAAUCACACAGUCAACGUAGGAAUAGCAGACACCAGCCGAAACAUCAUAGAAAACACCAGGAACGCAAACAUCAAUCAAAGAAUCACAGACAUCAUAAAAGAGAAUAUUCAUCUGAUUAUUCAUUAGAUUAUUCAUCAGACUAUUCAUCAGACUAUUCAUCAGACUAUUCACACGAAGAUCACGUAUAUCAUCCACCAGAACAAAACCAACUUUAUCCACCUCCACCACAACAAUAUCAAGUUUAUCCACCUCCACCAGAAAACUACCAAACAAAUCCUUACGAGGGUCUCAAGACUCCUGGUCCUACAAAUUAUUACAACCAACCAGCACCUUAUUACGCUCCUCCUCCAAUUCCACCUAAACAAUAUGACAAUGAAGAAAAAUAA